AUGCUUUAAAUGCCCUAUUUGGAUCCAAAUUUCUCUGAUUCAACAUUCUUCUACAACCCUCCCAAAUCGCAUUCCUUUACACAAAAUUAAGUAAAGUAUGAAAUAACUAAAUAGAGAUAUUCUGAUUGA